GAUGGGAGGGUUGCAGAUGAUGAGGGAAAUCAAUUGAAAUGCAACGGGAACUGUACUAGCGAAAUUAUUGAAAAGUUUUCUUCAAUUGUUCACUUUUAACCAAUAGUUUCCCUGAUACUUAUGCCUUCCCCAGCUAUCUGAACAGAUAUCGUAACUAUGCUUCACCUGCGAUUUGAGUGAAUGCUAGUUUGAAACACGACAAGACCAUUAUCAUCAUACUCGAGCUCAAAUCUGAUGCAGACAAUGGAGGGCGGAGGAUCAGAAUUCCGUCAAGGGAACCCGGUGUCAGGCGAAGAUGGAAUUACACUGGUUGCAGAGGAACGCUCUUUCCAUUGCUCCAAGCGGAAGCUGAUUGAAGCGAGCGAUUAUUUCAGAGCCAUGUUUUCCAAUAACUUCAAGGAAAGAGGGAAGACUACAAUAGAACUGCAGGAUAUAGAUGCAGACUGCCUACAAAUGCUCUUACAGUAUGUAGAAACAGGCACGUUUGUUGUAUCUCCAGAUAGUAUCUUGGCUUUGCUUCAGACUGCUGCUAUGCUUCAGUUUAGCAGAGUACAGAAGGAGUGUGAACAGCAGGUGCUCACCUCACUUUCGUGUGAUGCAUGUCUCGAAGUCUACCUGGUCACGACAACCCUUGGCUUACAAAACAUAGCAACGUCUGCACUCACGAUGGCUGUCUGGAAUUUCCCGGAGAUCUGCAAGAAGCCCCAGUUCCAUCAGCUAGCUCUUAAUGAACUGAUUGACUACAUAAGCAAUCCAGCACUGUACCCAGGGCCAGAGGGAGAAUGGGCUGUGUGGGAAGCUGUUGUUUCAUGGAUUGAGGAUAAUGAGGUGGAGAAGAGCCCCUUCCUGAUGCAGCUGUUGCUGUGCCUCGACUUCCAAGCCUUGAGUGUGCAGGAUAUAUCCAACAUGCUGUUUUACCCAUGCGUGAGUGAGAACCUAGAGGCGGUGCAGCUGCUGGAAGGCCUCCAGACCCUGAAGAAGGAGAGGGGCACGGAGAUCAGCUACUUCUCCUCAGAGACAAACAAGAUCCUACAGCAGGCAGCUAAGGAGGCGGCAGUGGCGGCGGAGGCGGGCGAGCAGUGCCGGAGUCAGAGCCGCGAGAUUCGCAUCGACAAGGAUACCAUGAGAACAGUGGAGAGCAUCUUGGAUAGGCCCCGGCGAAGCCCUCCCCAGGUGCCAUGCGUGGUGGGUUUCAAGAGGUCCUCAGCGGCUAUGCGCAAGAAGAAAAAAGCCAAGAACAGCGACAAUGAAGAAGAAGAGGAAUAUGACAUCACGUCGUCUAGGGUCAGAAAUGCAGAAUUGAUCCCAGUUAUAUACUCGUUUAAUCCGACCACAAACAAGAUGAUGGAAGAACUGGUGUUGUCUAAGCUGUGUGAGGGGCCUGUUCACUGUUCCGGCUAUCAGGUGUGCUCUCUCGGUCCUAGCAUUUAUAUCUUUGGAGGUGAAUACCUCUUUGGAAAUGGCAACUGGAACAAAUCUGUCUGGAGAUACAGCACAGCCUCGCGCAAAUGGAUUAUUGAAAACUCGUUACCACAGCCAAGGAGGCACCAAAUGAUAUGUGUCGUUGAUUCAGUCAUUUACCUGCUGGGAGGAUACGGGAAAUACAGAGUUGUGCAAAGUUCCGUUGAUGCGUAUGACACAACAACAGGGGAAUGGCUGCGUUGCCCAGACAUGCCCCAUUGUGUAAGUCAUGGUGCUGUCUGCAACUUCAAAGGCAGGCUGAUGGUAUUCACUCAGGAGAUGCAACUACUUACAUAUUACCCAAAGAUGAAGAAAUGGUCAGCCAUACCUGUUAGAUCGCCCAAUAAGCAAGGUUAUAGAGCUGCACUUACCUGGGAGAAUGCAGUGUAUCUCAUAGGUAAGUUCUAAUGUUUGAUUCUGAGACUGUGAUAGAUAGGAUUGCUCUACAUUAUGGGUUUUUAUUUGAUUUAUUUUGAUUGCUUUAUUUAUUACUUUUGAUUAUUUAUUGUAUUAGAUAUAACACAGUGGACCCUUAACACUGGCAAGGGUUGUGUUCCCAAACUUUUGGGUACUGUGGACCAUUGAAUGUGCUUAAUACAUAAAAAUGCUUGCUAUUUACCAGGAGCUUGCAAAUGCAUGAUAACUAUUUUAGAAUUUUAAAAUAGGUAAGUAUUCAAAGCACAGCACGCAUUUGAUAUAUAAUGGUUCAUGCAUACUUGGCUCCAAUCAUUGCAUAAUUUAGUAACCACUUUAGUGUAUAAAUCUCAAAAAAGUCCCUGUACUUUUCACAAAGAAGUGGCUAAAUUUUGCAUUAAAACUGAAGAAUUUUGUAAAGUACAAAAGUUAAGAAUGACACAGUCACAAAGAGGCUGAUGAUACCUACUGUUCAUACAAGAGAGAGUAAGAGUAGGAUGUCCACAUUUAAUACUCUGCCCAGUUUAGG